UUGAAGAUACUGGGAGUCUCCAGAGGGGAGGGCACCCUCCUCCAUCCCUGCUGUGGCUUUGGCUGCCCUGCUCACUCCUGAGCACCACACGUGAGGCGGCGUCUCUUCUGGCCCAGACCCAUCGGCACCUUUAGAGAAGCACAAGGAGCCCUAGAGGCACCAUGGCCAUGGUCCCAGCUGGAAUCCGCUCAGAUGGUCUACUUCACCAGAGCAUCGUUGAAGGUCUAGCGACCAUGACCGAAGAAGACAUGCACUGGCUCCUCUCUGAUUGGCAGGCUUGGGAGACGGUGAUGGAGCAGCUUUGCUUGGAAAGGGAUGAAGCCGAUGCGCUGUACUAUAUCGUGGUCCGGGAGCUGAUGCGACGGGAGGAAGGGUUCAGGCCAUCUGGGAACCUGUCCCAGGAGGAGAUGAUGUUUCUCCGAGAGUUUCCCUUGCGGAAGCAUAAGCUGGAAAACACUAUCAGUGAACUUCGCAGCAUCGCAGACCAAGUUGACAGAACCCACAAGAUGCUCACCAAGACCAGCCUGGUGGCCAGCUCCUCGGGGGCGGUGUCCGCCGUCAUGACCAUCAUGGGUGUGGCCCUGGCACCGGUGACAACAGGAGGGAGCCUGCUACUCUCAGCAGCAGGGCAGAGCCUGGGGUUAGCAGCUGCUGCCACCAACAUUUUGACAAGUGUCUUAGAUAAUAGGAGCAAUUCGGCAGCAAGAGACAGAGCCAGCAGACUGGCGAGUCUCCCCACAGACCCGGAGGCUGGAACCGGUGAAGAGAUACAUUCCUCUAAAGGAAUUUUUGUUCAGAGAUGUGUUAACACUCUCGGGAGCAUCAGGCAGCUUCAUGCCUUCCAGAGGGCCCAGGCCAACCCCGGCUUCAUUGCGAGGGUCAGGAACUUCGUGGCCACAAGGCGUGUGCCCUUCUGGAGGGCCACAGGGGUGCAGAGAGCGGCAGGGGCGCCUGCUCUGGCUAUGACCCGCGGUGCCCGGAUGCUGAGCGUAGCUGGGGCUGGCUUCUUGCUCAUGCAUGACUUGAGAAGCAUCCAGGAGAACUGGAGGCACCUGGAAGAGGGGGCGAGGACGGAGACGGCCAAGGAAUUGAGGAUGCUCGCCUGGGAGCUGGAGCAGGAGCUGGACCAGCGGUCCCGGCGCUAUGAGCUGACCAUCCAGAAGCUGGAGAGGAGCUCGCCACUGAACCAGGAAAGAGGAAGAAGGGCAAGGCUGCCGAGGAUGAGUGGGGAUGCUAACCAGCUGGUCAGGCUGGCCCCAGCAGAGGCAAAAUUCGAGUCUUCAACCAGGAACAGGUCUGCCUGCGACGGGGCACCCAGAGAGGAUGCUAGGAGACCUGCAGUGCUUUGUGGUUGAGGGCUCCAUCCACAAGGCCGCCCCACUCAUACACCGAUCGCAAGUCAGUGACACAGUUGACACCUGUGCUUCUGACAGACUGGCUACGAGUCAGAGGUUCUCAUGAUCCCCCCUUGGAUUUGAUUAAUUUGCUAGAAUGGCUCGCAGAACUCAGGAAAACUCAGGUGCCCAUGUUGGACUGCAAGCUGGACUGGACCCUGCCUCGGGACUUCACCCUCGUGCCUGUACCUCUGCGUCAACUGCACCCUAUUUUCCCAUACCCCUGGCAACAGGGUUUUUAGAAACACCUAUCAACUUGGAAACUGUAUCACUUUAAAAUGUGGGAAAAAGCAGUUAAACACACAUUGGUUUAUUGAAUGCUGACAUGUGCCAGGCACCGCAGAUACAGCAGAGAACAGGACAAAGCCCCUGACCUCCAGGCGCUCAUGUUCUAGUGCAGACAACAGAUAUCGCAGCAGCAGGGAGCACCUCACCCAGGGCCUUACCAUCGGGGGCGGGGGGGCCGGGGCUGACCAGGGACGCAUGCACAGAAGCACAUCACGAUGCCCUUCAUGCUGUAACAGUGCUGCUUAGGGACCAGACGUUGGUGUGUGUGUGUGUGCGCGCUGCUGGGGAAACAACACAGGCAGAGACCAUUAAGGAAAGGAGGCCAGACAGGCCAGCUUGUCCUGGGUGGCAGCGUGGAGGAACUCACUCCCCUUGGCCCGUCACAGUCCAACGUGCAAGUGGGAGAUCUCGGAACACGGGAGUGCUGAGCACCACGAGGCAAAGCACCCAGAAGCGUCCACUGGCUGUCACCACAGGGGCUGCUUCGGGGUCCUGCGGGGAGAAGCCAGCCAGCAGCAGGGUGAAGAGUAAGUGGACACAGCGGGCAGAAGCUUAUUCCAGAAGUUUGCCGUGAAGGAGAGGACUUGGGCUCUUGAAAGAUUAUUUGUUUUAAUGUGUUUGAAAGAGUUAAGGGUAUUUAAAUGCCACAGGAACUAGAGGGCAAAGGUUAACCACGCUGGAGAAGGCGGGAGAGGACGGACCCCUCUUCCAGGAGAGCAGGAGCGAGGGGAGAACGGGUGAGCUCAGGCAGGUGCAGAUGUGGUAGCAGAGUUCAACCCAGGAGCUCCCGGCGAUGGCUGAUCUUCUCCAUGAAACAGGAGGUCAGAGAUCGGGGAACUCCUGGCCAGAGGGAUGGCCGGGAAAGCACAGGUAAGAAAGAAAAGGGCGGGCGGGCCCGUGGAGAGCACUUCCCGCAGGUAAGGAGAAGGCUCAGGAGCCAGGGAAGGCAGUGACAGAGGGGAGGCAGGAAGGUGCCUAAGGCUGCAGGAAGGUCAAGUGGGUGGACUGGGCCCGGGGUCACGGUGUGGCCAGCAGUCAGGAGUUGGAGCGGAUGGGGGUGAGGCAGUGAAGCUGAGGCUGAGAGGAGACUGCAGAAGCAGGAGCACCAGAGCAGCUUCUGCACAGACGGGCACUCAGAGGGCGGAAGCCACAGGGAGGCUCCCGUGGCCCGGGCCCUGGGCCUCACCGACCUCUCAGUGACCCCGUUAGGCGGCUUACACAUUUAGGAAGCCAUUUGCUGCCUUCUUUUUUUCAUCUGAAGUCAAAUCCACGUUGUAUCUUUGAGCCUCCAGGAGGCAACAGGGAUGAUGGAUCCACACACACACAGGCCAGAGAAUGGUGUUUCUCUCUUUUAUUUAAAAACAGUGCUUCAUUACCAUUGGCAAAGGCAGAGGCGGUGCUCCCCCUUCGCGUAGAGUUUAUAAAAGCCAGCAACAUGAUCAAUAAUUUAUACACAUGGAUAGUAAUACAAAAAAAAAUAAGGAAUAAAAGCUAAAGAUCUAACUACUCCGACCUUCACAAUUCCAGCUACUUGAUAAUAAUAGGAGUAACCCAAUGAAUACUGUAUGGUCUGAAAGCUACUAUACAAUAUGAUUCUUAACGAGAAGGGAGGGAAUCAGAGGCUGUCACAAAGCCCUGGGUGCUUCUCUGGAGUCCGCAGGGAAACAGGACCCUGGGCGAGCAGCUCGGGGGUCCUAGGAAGUGAUCCGGGGAGGGGAGGGAGAGAAGGCGAGGUGGUCAGUUACACAAGCAUCCCAUGUGAUGCCCCCGUGCCCCGAAGGUACCUGUUUGCCAUGGCAAUGGGAGGGGCCGGAGAGUGCAUGUGGCGUGGAGGACGGUUCAGUCCCUGCCACGGGGGUGGGGAGGAGAGGUGCUGUGGCGUUUUGAGCCUUGCAAAGAUUUGGACUGAAGAGCUCAGAGACUCAGAGGGCCGUCUGCCGGGAACAGGGACCCCGGCUCUCAGCUCUGCAGCCCUAGCUUACGUGUGUCAGCCCCAGGUUUGCUCCAGCUUUUCACAAGCAGAAUUAUAACACAAGAAAAACAAUUCAUAUCCCUUAGGGAAAAAAGAGGAUCAAUUCAUCACUCGAUAUAUAAUACAGCCAAAAUGAGCUGCCAAAACAAGCACACACACACACAAAUACUGUGAACAGAAAAAUACAGGAAAAUGACUAAGCUCGGAGUCUUGAUGGGGCACCGACACUGCUUAAAGCACUUAGUCCCCAGAAAAACUAAACCAAAAGAAACAAUUUUUUUUUUUAAUUCAAAAACUCGUGGACCCCCCUGGGAAUCUGGUGUUGCUAACAGGGACAGGGGGUGGGGAGAGAGAAGAGAACCAACGUUCCCUUUCUGCCUGCAGUGUGACCUGAGCCCUCACCGCCGGCACACAGGGCGCAUGCCGACAGAGGCCUGAGUGCCGCACUGGCAGGCUCCUUAAAGGCAAGGUUGAAUGUUGGCUGAUGGACGUUCUCAGUUACCAAUCCCUGCCGACCAGCACCACCAUGGCUGAAGUGAUCGACCGUUUUCCUGAGUAAACUAACUGGCUACAGUGCUGGUGACGUGGACGGGAACUCAGCCCCCACAGCCAACUGCGACCCUCCAGCACUCCUGCGCCUCGGCUCCUCGUGGGAUUCAGGAAUUUGAGAACCGGCUGUAGUCUGGUCUGCAAGUCUCACUGUAAAGACAGGUGCCAGGGACUCCGCCACACUCACUCCACCAGAGGGCACGUGCUGGCUUAGGGCACCCGGAGCCGACUUGCGAAGGGCCCUGCGUCAUGCUCCACUAGCUCCCCUUACACUAAGAGCUAGCGCUUGGAUGGCUAUGGCCUGGUUGAUCAGUAAAGCAAGUAUGAAGGAAGUACAGAGGAAAGGGGAAAGGGAGGGAAGAGGCUUUUGAACAGUAACAUUUUCAAAAAAUAAAAUAAAAUAGUGUUUUAUGCAACAGAGAAUCAAGUUUCACUGUGUACACUACAAAUGGUCAAACAUUUUCAAGAGCAAGACAAAAUAAAAACACACAAAUUUACGUUUGAUGUUCACCUUGCCCACUAUUUUUUUCCUAUCUUAAAACAGUGCAAACAGGUAACUUAUGCUUUUAAAACACCACUACCCCUUCCCUACCCCCCAAGGUCUCUUUCCUCCUAUUAGCCGGGGGUGGGGUGAGGGUGGGGGUAAAAUCUGCAAUUCUGCAAAUGUUACUGUGCUAAAGGGUCGCAAGCAGCAGAGAAGCGGCCGGCCUUGGCGAAAGGGGAGGGUUUGGACAACGUCCCCUUUCCCUCCUUACACGUCUAGUGCCUUCCAGACUGUCCCUCGCUUGGCCUCGCUCUCCUGCCGGAGGGAAGGGGGGUAAUCAAGCCCGCCUCGCAGAUCCUUGGAGCUGCUUCCAUCCCAAGUUUCCACCUCCCUCCUAUCUGGAAGCUACGUGACUAGUCAUAGGGUGAUGGCGACUCACCGACUUAUCGGCUACCUCUAGGAAAGUCUAACCUACACUAAGAGCAGUUCAGCCCCUGAGGAGUCACACUUGUGAAGAAAAGCUGCUAUCGCUUAUUUCUAGGAAAUAGAUCUCCACUAGCUCCCCUUAAACUAAGAGCUGAGCCCCAGCCCCCUUCUUUUUUAAGGAAAAUAAGAGGCUCCAUUCUGACUGUGGCUGUUGAAGGAUAAUGGUGAUGGUAGGUUUUGUGAAACCUGAGAGCCUUAGAAAGGACGAAUCGCCACAGCUGACCCCUGAUCCAGGUCCUUGGGAGCUGAGCUAUUGUAACACUAGGGAUUCUGGGAAAGACCUAAGGACAGCUCUCUGGGGGGAAAGAGGCAUGUUUAGAUAAAGAUCUCCACUAGGGGUCUCCUUGAAGGAGCCCAGCUUCUAAGAGUAAGAUGCUUAGUAUAGAAAGUCCACGUCAUGAGCUAAGUAAGCUGCUGAAAUCUCUCCUGCACGGUGACUCAGCAUCAGUAUGUUUUUAGGAAUUAUCAACCAGCACGCGCUAACGAACUCGCAAGAUGCCAAACUCUCUUCUGACUCGGCUGCUUAGUCCAGUGGGGACUUGAGCCAGGAAUGGACAAGCUCUAAUGCCUUGAGGAACCUGCCUCUGAUGGAGUCUCAAAGUUCAAAGGUGGAUGGGAGGCCAAUACCGCCAAAUCCAGGGGUUUCCGAGCCCUACUCCUCAGUGUGGAUACCCAAAACUAGAGGCCCGUUAGUGAGAAGCAGAACUCAUCUGGUCCUGCUCAGGAGGGAGCUAGAGGGAGCCGUGUUACCACCCCCUGGAAGGCAGCAGAAGCCCUCGGAGAACACGGAGCUUGCCUGGGGUCCUCAGCCAGAACCAGCUGAACUGAAACGCACAAAGGGUACCUCCCGCUCAAGCUCUGCCUCCUAAAAGGGUCAUGGGAGCUGCCUUCUCCACCCUUCCCUUCACCCUCAUCCCUUUCUGGAGAAGAGAAGACUCUCAAGCUCACUGCCCUCCUCCCUGCUGCGGACGCAGCUGUUCAGAAUGUGGCCUUGUCUCCAAGGGUGUCUUGCCAUUCUGUGAGAACGGCCCUCUUUGAACAUGACACGGAAUUUCUCUCGGUUCCUUUAGUCAGUAAAAGCUCUCCCUCAAAACAAAA